CCUGUCGGGAGGAGGUGGUGAGCGCGUUGCGUCAUUUCCCCAACCCCGCCCUCAAACCGCCCCCCGUAGUGCAGGGUGUAAACGCGUCUUUCCGCUUCCUCCUUUCUCUUUCUCCGCCAUUGUGGUUCGUGAGGUUUGUUCUUCUUCGCCAUGUCUUCUCACAAGACUUUCAGGAUCAAGAGGUUCCUGGCCAAGAAACAAAAGCAGAAUCGGCCCAUUCCUCAAUGGAUUCGGAUGAAAACUGGUAAUAAAAUCAGGUACAACUCCAAGAGGAGACAUUGGAGAAGAACCAAACUGGGUCUAUAAGGAAGGGCACAUCAGAGAUGUCUCAUAUUUACGCUCU